AUGGAAUGGAUAGAACCGUCUACAUUGCCACCAAUUCAGACAUUCAGCAUCAUGGAUGCGGUUAGUUCUGUGCAAGACCAGUCACAGAUUGGUUCAGAAGUGACCCCCGACAAAGUCCUGAGUUGGUACAAGAACAUGUUGACAGUGAACAUUAUGGAUAGCAUCAUGUUUGAUGCCCAACGACACGGUCGUGUGAGCUUCUAUAUGGUGUCCCACGGUGAAGAGGCCGUGAUGGUAGGGUCAGCCGCAGCUUUGGCGCCCGAAGACGUCAUCACAUGUCAAUAUCGAGAGCACGGCGUGUUUCUUCAGCGCGGAUUUGAACUGAAAGACUUUAUGAGCCAGCUCACGGCAAAUAAGAAUGACCCUGGCAAAGGUCGUAACAUGCCUGUGCACUACAGCGGCAAGUCUAAAGUAAACAUUCACGCGGUGGCAUCAACCCUCGGAACGCAAAUCCCCCAUGCUACUGGAGCAGCCUACGCCUUGAAGAUGCAAGACCUUGAGGACGGUGCACCUCGCAGAGUGGCUGCGGCCUACUUUGGUGAAGGAGCUGCAAGCGAAGGCGAUUUCCAUGGAGCUUUGAGCGUUGCGGCCACACGAAAUUGCCCGGUCAUCUUCAUUUGCCGUAAUAAUGGGUUCGCAAUUUCUACUCCAGCUGCUCAGCAAUAUCGCGGGGACGGCAUCGCUAGUCGAGGAGCUGGCUAUGGAAUUGAGACUCUUCGUGUCGACGGAACCGAUAUUUUCGCAGUGUACGAAGCUACAAAAGAAGCUAGACGCCGUGCACUCGAAGGCAAUUGUAGACCAAUCCUUCUCGAGCUUAUGAGCUAUCGCAUCUCUCACCACAGUACUAGUGAUGAUAGCGCGGCAUAUCGCAAAGGUGAAGAAGUCGCUCUUUGGAAGUCUGAAAAACGCAACCCAGUCGCUCGAUUAAGGCGGUGGCUUGAGCGUGAAGGCCUUUGGGAUGAAGACAAGGAUAAAGCAGCCAAAGAUGAGAUUCGCGCUGAUAUUAUCCGCAAUCUGACCAGCGCAGAGAAGGAAAAGAAACCUGCUCUACACGCCAUCUUCUCAGAUGUGUACGCGAAACUGACUGAGGAGGUUGAGGAGCAGAGAGCAGAACUCAGGAGGCUCAUGGAAAAGUAUCCGCAGGAGUACGACUGUGAUCAGCAUGAAGGCGGUAUACAAGGUCUAUGA